AUGGCAUCCAAGCCGAUUAACGUACUCAUCACCGGGACAAACCGGGGCAUUGGCCUGGAAAUGGUGAAGCAAAUGGUGGCGGACAAGGGCCGAGUGAAAACGCUUUUUGCCUGUUGCAGGGACCCAAACGGUCCCAGAGCUGAGGCCUUGCAGGAGUUGGCAAAGAAGCACCCUGACAUCAUCACCAUCGUCACUAUGGAUGUGAAGUGCCUUGAUAGCAUCAAAGAGGCGGCCAAGCUGAUUGGCCCCAAAGUGGGCGAGGACGGCCUCAAUCUCCUGGUCAAUAAUGCCGGGAUCUCUCUGGAAGGGAAUCUUCAGGAAACCACCCCUGAGCAAAUGCGAGAUAGCUUUGAAACCAACGUCAUGGGGCCAAUGAACAUCAUGAGAGAGUUCCUGCCACUUCUCCGGGUGGCGGCGAAGGCCAGCAAGAUUUCAGGAAUGUCCUGUAAUAAGGCGGCCGUGAUUAACAUCUCAACCAUGGAGGCUUCCAUGGACAUCACAAAGUAUUCGUACACAGAAGCGGCUGUUCUGCCAUUCCGUGUCAGCAAGGCAGCUCUGAAUAUGUUGACUGUGUGCGCUUCAGAGGAGUUUAAGAAGGAAAAAAUCCUGUUCACUUUAAUGCAUCCAGGCUGGGUGCGCACGGAUUCGGGUGGGGAAUAUGCAGAGAUUGAUGUCGACAAGAGCGUGAAGGGGAUACUGAAAGUGAUGAGCACCAUGGGUGAAAAACAGUGUGCCUUGCUCCUGGAUUAUCAAGGCAAAACCCAACCUUGGUAG